UUGUGUCGUCGCUAGCGACAGUACAAUAGCACAAAACUCAUAGAGAAGCAGAAGCCGGCGCCUACAGACACUAGACUCGUCGUGGAAGAAGCAGGAAACGAGUUUCACAUUCCUACAGCGGAUAUUUAAGAUGGAAGGAGGUGGAGGAGGAGGAGGAGGAGGAGGAGAAGACGACAUAGUUUGCUUGGACGAAUCUUUCUUCAUCGAUGACAAAAAUCCCAGUGGUGAAUGAAAUGGUGCAGUUACCAGCUGACCACCUUCAUAUUUGGAUCUCAAGUUAUCGAGCUUCUUUGCCUCCACUCUGCUUCUACCGAUUUUGAUCUGACAGGGCAAUUGGUAUGGCCUGGAGCAAUGCUGUUGAACGAUUACCUUUCAAACAAUGCGGUGCUUCUGCAAGGAUGCACUGUUUUGGAAUUAGGCUCUGGGGUCGGUAUUACUGGAAUACUGUGCAGCAGGUUCUGCAGCAAAGUUGUAUUAACAGACCAUAAUGAUGAAGUUCUCAAGAUCCUGAAGAAAAAUAUAGAUCUGCAUGCAUCUUCCGAGAAGUCUAACUUUUGUUCUGAAUUAGUCGCUGAGAAACUCGAAUGGGGAAAUUCGGAGCAGAUCUGCCACAUUUUGCAGACGUAUACAAAUGGAUUUGAUUUGAUUCUUGGAGCUGACAUAUGCUUUCAACAAUCGAGCAUUGGUUUGCUUUUCAACACUGUGGAAAAACUUCUUCAAGCUAGAAGGGAUGGGCAAUGCAAAUUCAUACUAGCCUAUGUAUCCCGAACGAAGACUAUGGAUUCGUUGGUCAUUAGCGAAGCUUCACGGUGUGGGAUGCAGAUAAAUGAAGUAGUUGGGACUCGUUCUGUUGUUGGAAAUCUUGAAGGAGUCAUCUUUGAGGUGACCCUUAAAAAACAGCAUGAGUAACUACAACGUUCACAUUUUAUGGGUGACAAAUCACGAGAGCUUCACGUGUAUUUUCUUCCUUUUCAUGUUCAACCAGAAAUGGAUAAUUCAUUCUGUAUUUUGCCUCGAGAGAAGCUUGCCUAUGUUUGGAUUAUACAUUUUCAGUUUCCUUGUAAAGUUUUCGUUUCAAAUAUAUUCUGCCAAUGGGGUCGGAUGGAAGUAAUCUCGUUCGUUGGAUGAUGAUAUGUUUCCAAGUAUGCUUUGCUUCAUUGCUUGUAAGGACAGGUCUAAUGUUUGGGGAAAUUGCCUGGCUUUGCUAGCAAGAGGAAUCUAAUGCAAAAUAUGUUUUAUGUUUAGAGCU